AUGGACACACCAAUUGGCAAGGAUCUCACAAAUCAAGUGAUUGGAAAGGUUUAUAAAUUAGUAAAACGAAUUGGGAGUGGGGCUUUUGGAGAAAUAUAUUUGGUGGCUAAAGGGAAAGAGGAAUAUGCCAUGAAACUUGAAAGAAGUGAUACGAAACAUCCAUAAAUAUUUUUUGAGGCAAAGUUGUACAACUACUUGCAAGGAUCUGAUCCUAGAAUUCCUAGAAUAUAUGCUUAAGGCUAAGACGGUGAUUAUAAUUACAUCGUCAUGGAUUUACUGGGCUAAAGUUUGGAAGAAUUAUUCAGCAAAAAUAACAAAAGACUAUCCCUCAAGACUGUGAUGAUGUUGGCUGAUCAAAUGAUUUAACGGAUUGAAUACAUACAUACGAAACAGUUCCUCCAUCGUGAUAUCAAACCAGACAACUUUCUAAUUGGUUUAGGUAAGAAGGCUACUCGCGUCUACAUUCUUGAUUUUGGUUUGGCCAAGAGAUAUUUAACUAAGGAGGGUCACAUUCCUUAUAGAGAAGGCAAGAGCUUAACCGGAACUGCUCGAUAUGCUUCUGUAAACACUCAUUUAGGUUUGGAAUAAUCAAGGAGAGACGAUCUAGAAUCAUUGGGAUAUGUGCUUAUGUAUUUGCUCAGAGGGCAAUUGCCUUGGCAAAACAUGAAAGCUAAUAAUCAAAAGGAUAAGUAUUAAAGAAUUAUGGAAAAGAAACUUGAAACCUCUCCAGAUGCACUUUGUAAAGGAUUUCCAAUUGAAAUGAGUCAAUAUCUAAAUUACUGUAAGAAUUUGAAGUUUGAGGACAAACCAGAUUAUAAUUAUUUGAGAGGUCUUUUUAAAGAUGCAUUUAAGAAGAUCGGUUUUGAUUGGGACUACAAAUUUGAAUGGAUCAAGGAUGAAUCCCUUGUAAAAACAUAAUAAGAUAUCCAAUCUGAAAAUAAAUUGAUGAUCAUGACUUAGCCAUUACAAUAACAGCAAUAAUAGUAACAAGGCAUCAAACCAAAUGGCAUUGAGUCUGAUAAGAAGAUUGGAAACACCAAUAGUCAUCAUCUUAAUUCCACUACACAGUAACAAUCGGGACAAAGAAGACCACAAUAGCAGACUAGCAAAGUGUCACAAUAGUUAUCAGUUGAGAAAAAGAGAACUACCUCUUAAAAUAAAUAGUUCAUCUAAUCUAAAGAGUUGGUCAAACCUGUUACUUAAGUGUUAGCCCCUAAGAUUGUUACUACUAAAGAACCACCUAGAAAAUAUUGA